CAGAAGAAACAGAAGCUACUCACUGAAAAGACUUCUUCAAAAUCCUUUUUGCAGGCAAACUUGAAGGGUAGGCUCUCACCCUCUGCAGCUUUCCCUGAAACCCAAAAGUUCCCUACACCUCUCUCAGCAAUGGCUAUGGUGUGCAUUUCAGACUUUGAAGCUUAUGCUAAGAAGUAUUUACCCAAGAUUGUCUGGGAUUAUUUUGCAGCUGGGGCAGACGAUUGUACCACACGAGAUGAAAACAUCCUGGCAUAUAAAAGAAUUCGUUUCCGACCACGUAUGCUGCGGGACGUAUCUGUGAUGGAUAUUAGGACUAAAAUCCUGGGUUCUGAAAUCAGUUUUCCUGUAGGAAUUGCCCCUACAGGCUUCCACCAGCUAGCAUGGCCUGAUGGAGAGAAAAGCACAGCCAGAGCGGCCAGAGCAAUGAACACCUGCUACAUUGUCAGCACCUACUCCACCUGCCUGCUGGAGGAGAUCUCCGCGGCCGCGCCCGGUGGCCUGCGCUGGUUCCAGCUCUACAUCCACCGCAACAGAGCAGCUUCCCAGCAGCUGGUCCAACGGGCGGAGGCCUUGGGCUUCCAGGGCCUCGUCCUCACUGCGGAUCUGCCCUACACAGGCAAGAGACGCGACGACGUCCGCAAUGGUUUCCGCCUUCCUCCCCACAUGAAAGUGAAGAACUUGGAACGAGCUUUUGAGGGAGACGACUGGUCUGAGUAUGGACUGCCACCCAACAGCUUGGAUCCUUCGGUCACCUGGAAUGACAUCUACUGGCUGCAGAGCCUGACACGCCUGCCCAUCAUCAUCAAAGGCAUCUUGACAAGAGAAGAUGCAGAGCUGGCAGUGAGACACGGAGUUCAGGGAAUUAUUGUGUCCAAUCAUGGUGGAAGGCAACUGGAUGAAGGACCUGCCACUAUUGAUGCUCUGGUUGAGGUUGUGGAGGCAGUACGAGGCAGAGUCGAAGUUUAUGUAGAUGGUGGAAUACGAAAAGGAAGCGACGUGUUAAAAGCACUGGCACUGGGAGCAAAAUGUGUCUUUAUUGGAAGACCAGCUUUAUGGGGCCUGGCUUAUAAGGGUGAAGAAGGUCUUCAGGAUGUCCUGAGAAUUCUGCAGGAUGAGUUUCGCUUGUCUAUGGCCUUAGCUGGCUGUGCCAGUGUCUCAGAGAUUGACCAACGCCUGGUUCAGUUCUCAAAGCUGUGAUCAGCCUCCUGCCAUGCCCACCAAACAGAGGCAGGUGAAACUAAGGUCCCAAUCAGACUGAAGAUGAAAAAGGACGUGCAAAAAGUAUCUCAUAAGGCCUUCUGGAAAAUUUUGAAGAGAUUAGGAAAGGCUCUGUAUUAGCAAAGGCUGCAGUCUGCUUUUAUUGAGACCGAUGAAUUCCUUAAUAGUUCAGGUAGUUGUUACUUGCCUAAAUACAUUUGUUUUAAACUGGCUGUUCCACAACA